CACCCGGAAUCAAAACAGGUUAGCGAUCACGACUGUGCGGCACGGGACUUUGCUUUCUAGAUACUCGUGUAACUGUUCUAACUUCAGGUCAAAAUUUCCCUUAUUGGUUUGUGUUGAACGUAAACAGUCACUCAAAUAUCACCAACGUUUAGUAAACUUACUGUAUACCUUUUAUGCUGCAUCUGACAGAUGCUGGUUUCGUAAAGUGGAGUCCACGAAUCAGAAACGUGGUUUGUUUUGCCUACCAAGUUUGAAUGAUUCCGCAUUUAUGGAAUGAACUGCAGUGCAGGAUGGUGUGCUUUUACCGACCGGUUAAGAUCAUCUCAAAGUUCCCCAAUACAAUAAAAGUGGAUACUUCCUAGAACUGUGCCUAUUUUCUCGGAUGAAAUACGAAUAUUUUGUGCAUAACCAAAUGGGCAGAUAUGAAAAUAUUUCUUUAUCUGUUCGACUUCUAGUCCUUCUUGUCAGCAACCUCCUGGUUUCGGUUUUUUGUGUCGAAGUGGAUCUACCUCUUCCUCCAGAGGUUGCUGCAUCUAAAGAUGGGGAACUGCGUCUCGACUAUCAUCCACCUGUCGGGCAUCCGCCUCCCAAUAUAACUUUUCAUCCCCUGGAUGUCAAGGAGGGAAUAAUAGUUGAUGAUGUCAUUCCAGGAACAGAAUAUGCAUUUCAGCUUUAUUAUUCCAAUCAGUCUAUGAUUGAAGUUUUAACAUGGACCACUGUUAUUGCAACAGAGCCAGAUCCUCCAAGCAACUUAUCUGUUGAUGUCCAGACAGGAAAAAUAGUUGAACUUGUGUGGGAUCCCCCUCUCACAGGUGGCUAUUCGGGUUACAAACUGGCUAUAUUAUCUUCUCAGGAUGACCUCAGUCCCAGGUCCUUUGAUUUACCAAAAGAUUCAUUAUCAUUUACUUUGCGUGACCUGACUCCUGGGGCUUCAUACGAAGUACAAUUGUCAACAUUUUAUCAGGAUAAAGAAUCAUCAAUUUUCAUCUCAUCCAAUUUCACCACAAAACCUAACACUCCUGGGCGAUUUAUUGUAUGGUUCAGAAAUGAAACAACACUUCUUGUUUUGUGGCAACCACCAUAUCCAUCAGGAAUUUUUGACCAAUAUCGUGUUAGUAUAUCACCAGAAGAUGCUAUGCAGUCAGUGUUAUUUGUUGAGAAAGAAGGUGAACCGCCUGGACCUGCUCAAGCAGCUUUCUAUGGUCUAAUACCUGGAAGGGCAUACAACAUAUCAGUACAAACAGUUAGCCAUAAUCAAAUCAGUGAACCCACUGAAGCUCAAUAUAGAACAGUUCCUCUGCCACCUACUAAUGUUACCUAUAACAAAAGUACUUUAACAUCCCAUUCAUUUGAUGCCACGUGGUCUCCUCCAAAGACAUUAUCAGAAUUUGAUAGAUAUCAGGUGGCCCUUGGGAUUCGAAAUAGUGUCAGACAAACAAUUGGACGUACAGAAAAAAGAUUUGCUCACUUUGAAGAAAAUUUAGAGCCCGGAAGAACAUAUGAAGUCAUUGUCAAAACUGUCAGUGGCAAUGUUGCAAGCUGGCCUGCUGCAGUAAAUAUUACUACAAGACCACUUCCUGUUAUAAAUCUUAAUUCAACUGCCAUCGAAGCUGGAGAAAUUUUAGUGCAAUGGGAACCUCAUAACAAUAGUCUCCAGGAUUCCUAUUUUGUCAGUAACCACGAAUUGGAAGCCUACAACGGUGAUGGGAUUCCACAAGUUGUCCAUGAGACUCAGUAUCAAUUGAGCGAUUUACUUCCUGGGAGAAAUUAUUCAAUAAGUGUAGUAGCUUUAAGUCAUGGAAUUCCUAGUGAGGCCAGUGUUGUUUACCAAGCUACUAAGCCUUCACCUCCAGUCAUAGAAAUGCUAGAACCUGUGGAGCUUGGUUGGAAUAUAUCUUGGAAAUCGGAUGUUACAAGCAGGCAGGAUUCGUAUACUGUCGUAUGGCUGAGAAAUGAUAGUGGCGAAAUAUUGACUAAUACCACUAAAGAUAAUUGGCUGCUAAUCAAUAAUUUGUAUUCUGGUGCUAGUUAUGAGAUUAAAGUCUAUGCCAUUAGCUAUGGCUUAGAAAGCGAACCACAUUCUUACUACCAGACUGUUGCACCAAAAUCUCCUCAUAAUGUUCAGAUUGUGAAAGCAAGUAAUUCAACAAUGAUUUUGACUUGGAUUGCACCAAAUGAGUCUGUAAUUGAUCACUAUAUUGUACGUUAUCGCGCAUUUGAUAGUAUCCUGUGGAAAGAAGUUGUUAUAGUAAAUGCAACAUCUUGUGAGAUAAAAAAUCUUGAUUCAGGAGAAAAAUAUGAGGUUCAGGUUGUUUCAAUGAGCAACAAAGUUGAAAGUCCUGAUGCAAAAAUUGUUGAACAAACAAUGUAUCCCAAUCCAAUAAAGCAUGUACGUCAUAUUCUUGAUUCAUAUAAUAUUACAUUUGAAUGGAAUAUACCAUCAGGGAAAAAGGAUUAUUAUAUUAUCAACUAUUAUCCUGUGAAAUCUCCAAUUGCACAACUAUCUCAUCAGGUACCUGCAAAUGAUUCUCGUCCAGAUGGUGUAAUGAGUUGCAUGAUAAAUGAUCUUAAGCCUGGAGAACUUUAUUCGUUCCUCUUCUAUGUUGUGAGCCAUAGUCUGCGGAGUGAAGGCAUUGGACUUCAAACUAGAACAAAGCCUGUUAUUGAUUCUGUUAUUCACAUUGUCACUGAUGAACAGGAGACUAAAACACUUGGAAUAAAGUACACUCCUACUCCUAUACGAAAUGUUGUUUUUGACAGAUAUCGAUUCCAACUUAGUGGGACAAACAUUCCUGCCCAAGAAAAACUUCAAAAUGAUACAAAUCGUCUGGUGAUUUUUGAUGAUCUAAUUCCUGGACGUCUGUACAAUAUAAGCAUAUGGACCGUAAGUGGUGGAGUAUAUAGUGUGCCUAUAGACCGGCAGGCUAGAUUAUACCCUGAAUCUGUUGGAGAAAUCACAGCACCUAAAAUAACAGACACUGAAAUUACUUUGACAUGGAAUGUUCCUGAUGGCGAUAAGGAUGGUUAUGAAGUGCAGUACCAAGAUCAUGAAGGAAAUCUUAUAAAAAAUGUCACUAUAUUAAAUCGAAUCAGUUACAAUGGCUUGAAACCUCACCAUAAUUAUACAUUUUUGGUUUCAGUCCUUAGUGGGUAUGACACCUCUACUACGAUAAGAGGUCACCCAGUUUCAAGAACGUUUCAUACUUUAGAAUCAGUGCCUGGUAAAGUUAAUAAUUUUCAAGCUGUCUCAGUGAAACCCAAUGUGAUAACUCUCCAGUGGUCUCUUCCAAGCAGUGAACAAAAUGGAAUAUUAACUGGUUUUGUAAUAACAUAUUUUGUCAAGGGAUCGUUGUUUCAUCAGUAUGAAAAAUUUGGUCCUACAGUUACUGAAGGUACUAUUAAAAAUCUUGUACCAGGAAAGACGUAUGUAUUUGAGAUACAAGCUCACACUAAAGUAGGACCUGGUGGGAAAGCAACUUUGGAAAAAACUCUCCCAUUAGGAGCACCCCCUCCUCCUGCUAGCAACAUAUUUCCCAUAAGCGUUGGCAAAUCAUCAACUACAGCAAAAGUGCAAUUUCGAAAAAAUUUCUUUUCACAUAGCCAUGGCCCUAUUACAAGUUAUACUAUUAUAGUUGCAGAAGAUGAUAGCAUAGAUUUAAAGCAACAAAGGAUGCCUUCUUGGAAUGAUGUGCAAAAAUAUUCAAAGUGGCCCCCUUAUCAGGUAACAGAACCAUUUUAUCCUUUUAAUGGAACAUCAACAGUAGAAUUUACACUUGGCACUGAAGAUUGCACUAAUGUCAAAGGGUACUGCAAUGGUCCCUUAAAGCCAGGAACAAAUUACAAAGUAAAAGUUCGUGCAUAUACUGCACCUGAAAAAUUUACGGAUACAGUGUAUUCCUAUGCAUUUCAGACAGAUACUGAUAACACUGCUAUGCUGGCUGGAAUAACUGUUCCUUUAGUACUUAUUUUAUUAUUAAUCAUCACUGUUAUCAUUGUAAGAAGUAAAAAAAGGCAUGGACCAUUCACUAAGAAAGUAGCAGAUGGCCAUAUCAAAGAUGAUUCCAUGUCCAUUCCUGAAAGCGAAAUAAUCACAAGUCGACCAGUUAAACUGAAAGAUUUUGCUGAUCAUUACCGAUUCCUGUCAGCUGAUUCAGAUUUCAGAUUUUCUGAAGAAUUUGAAUUAUUGAAACAUGUAGGAAGAGAUAAACCGUGUAAUGCUGCAGAUCUUCCAGUCAACAGGCCUAAGAACAGAUUCACCAACAUCCUUCCCUAUGAUCAUUCCCGUGUAAAGCUCAUGCCAUCUGAUGAUGAUGAAGGAUCUGACUAUAUUAAUGCCAAUUAUAUACCAGGAUAUAAUUCUCCUCGAGAGUUUAUUGUUACUCAGGGGCCUUUGCACAGUACAAGAGAUGAUUUUUGGAGAAUGAUUUGGGAGCAGAAUUGCCGUGCUAUUGUGAUGCUAACAAGGUGUGUUGAAAAAGGAAGAGAAAAAUGUGAUCAUUAUUGGCCUUACGAUACACAGCCUGCUUAUUAUGGGGAUAUUCAAGUGACCAUUCUGAAUGAGUCUCAAUAUUCAAAGUGGACAAUAUCAGAAUUCAAAGUUUCUAGGGGAGAUCAAUCACGCAUAAUUCGACAUUUUCACUUUACAACUUGGCCUGAUUUUGGGGUUCCAGAUCCUCCCCAAACACUUGUUAAAUUUGUUCGAACAUUUCGAGACAGAAUUCCACCCGACAAUAAGCCUGUAGUGGUGCAUUGCAGUGCUGGUGUUGGAAGGUCUGGUACAUUUAUUGCUUUGGAUCAUAUUCUGCAGAAAAUUCAAAAGCAUGACUAUGUUGAUAUAUUUGCGAUUGUAUAUGAAAUGAGGAAGGAAAGAGUAUGGAUGGUACAGAAUGAGCAACAAUACAUAUGUAUCCAUCAAUGUUUAAUGUGUGUUUUGGAGGGAAAUGAAGAUAUUAUGGAUCCUUUAAGGCAAGAAGUUCACGAAAAUCAAGGCUAUGAAGAUGAUGAAGGAAUAGCAGAAUCAGGCAUUUGACAGAAACGAGACUUAGAAAGAAGGGAAUUUACUCUUUUGUAAAUUUAUUCAUACACUUCUGGAAGUGUAUGUCAAGUAAUUUCUGUGAAAUUUUUAUAGAACACUUUUUAUAGAUAAGAAUUUUAUUUGACAUAAUGAAUAACUUUAAAAUUCAUAGUAUUAUACUAUUAGUUACCGAAAGGUGGCUUUUAUUCUGUAUGUUUAUUUUACUAUAAAAAGAAACUUUUUAAAAAAGUUUAGAAGCAGUAGGAAUUGUUUUCUAUUUAACAUUCAAUCUAAAACACUAGUUUGUGUUAAUCAUUUCUUCAUCAGAUUUAAAUUAGCUGAAGCAACUAAUACUUCCCUUAGAUUUUUGCAACAUUCACUGAGGGGAAAAGAAAAACAUUUACAUGUAUUAAAAUCUGGUACCACAUCAAAGUACUCUCAUUCUUGUUACAUUUUCUAACCUGUGAUAUAUUAAAAGGUAACACUGAUGUCUUCCAUUGCAUUACCCUAAUAUUUAUUUUUUAUCAUAUGCUUACUGAACAUUAUUUUUAUAUGUCGUGUUUUAAAAGCUAAUCAUGCUGUAAAAAUAUGCUGAAAAUUGUCAUAAGUUAUUAUAUUUGCAUUUGAUGCCAAAACUGUUUAGAAAUUCAUUUCUUCUCUGUAUAAUUUUCAUGUACAUAUCAUACAUAUUAAAUGAUAUAUUUUGUA